UCAGCAUUCGCUUUAUGGAUUUUCAUUCUCGAAAAAAAACUUCAACUUUAUCGUGUAGGUAGUUUUUGCUCAUCAUAUUUACCGAGCUAACAGAAGAAUUUCAUGCUCGGAAUCCAUAUUUGUUCAGUACUCGUAGAGGUUUCAUCGUAACAAUGAAUCUAACAUUUGCGCUGCUCGUGCUCACUUUGGGCCUAAUUUUGGGUUCAUCAAUUGCAGAAAACUUGCUGAAAAUCAAAGAUAAAAUCGAAUCAAACCCAAGCUUGAGCUGUUUACUUUUUGGAAAAGAAGGAUGCCAUAUGGAAUGUUCCAUAACAGGAGAACUAUUCAACUUCACUUCUCGCGGUAUCUGUGACUCAAACCAAGUUUGUAAUUGUCACAAUCACAAACAAGCCACAUUUCAUGAAUUAUGGCAACAAAGAUUCAACUCCGAUUACGUUUUCGAUACCAUCCGUCGUAGCAAACGCGACUACAGCAAGGUUUUCGGAAUAUUCCGGAGUAAUUUGUUCGAAACCAACGAAGAAUUGAAACAGUCACUCAACUCUGCCAUCAGCCCUUACCAGUUUUCAUUACUUGAAACAAACGACCGAAUUCCCGCUGCUAAGUACACAAAGAAUGGCAAAUUUGAUACGGUAGCUCUUCGAAAAUACAUCAGUAAGAAACUGGACGAAGAACUGAAAUCACUGCCUGGUAAAUCUUUGUUGGAUGUGAAAUACAAAGAGAUAUUCACGAAGGCGUUGGAAAAAGACAAAUCGUGUAAAGCUACCGUGUAUAAUUACACAUUCAAAGUACAACAACUGAAAAAUAUAUACAUGAAGAGGAUUUUAGAAGAGUUUUUCCGAAAGGAAAAUAUGGAAAAACCCGAAAUACAGAUUCCUAUCAAUAGCGACAAAAUCAAUACAAUCGUCGGCAAUAUUGUAGUGAGUGAAUUGAUUAAUCAAAUUCAAAAGAAUUCCAAUGAAGAAAUUCUUUCAGAUGAUACAUUAAAUGAUGAAAUUGAAGAAAAUUCUGAUGUGGAAAUUGAUAAAGAUGUGAAUCCAUCCAUAAGCUGUAUACUUUUUGGAAAUGAAAUUUGUAACAGUGUAUGUGUGUUAUAUGCCAACAUGAUGAACUUCCAGUCUCGUGGUAUGUGUGACUCCAACAAUCUCUGUAUCUGCUACAACCACAGGGACAGAAAGAUCAGCGACAGCCAACUUCCCAAUGUAAAGCGUACCGCAGAUGGUAAAUUUGAUGAAACUGCUCUUGUGAAAUAUGUCACUGAGAGCGUGGAUGAAAAUCUGAAAUCAUCUGGUAAAUUUUUGUUGGAUGUGAACUAUGAAGAGAAGUUUAAGGAGGCUUUGGAAAAUGCUAAAGAUGAAGAAAAUUUUGUGCCUGAGUACAACUUCAAAAUCACUCAGCUUAAGAACAAAACUUUGGAGAAUAUGUUUGAGAAGUUUUUGAAGGAGAAUAAAAUUAAGAAAACGGAUGCUGCAAACCCAGAACUUCCUGAAGAAGCUAUUACACUUCUUUUGGUUGAUAAUACCAUUGUAAAUACUGUAAUUGAACGAAUUGACGCAAAUCGCAAAGUGGAAAUUGACAAAGAUGGAAAUCCAUCCAUGGGCUGUAUACUUUUUGGAAAUGAAGUCUGUAAUGGCAUUUGUGUCUUAUAUGGUCGAUUGAUGAACUUCCAAUCAAGCGGUGAAUGCGACUCCAACAAUAUCUGCACCUGCUACAACCAAAAGGACACUCCAGUCAGUGACAGCCAACGCCCUUCUAUAAAGCCUACCGAAAAAGGUCAAUAUAAUGAAAAGGAUCUUGUGAAAUACAUCACUGAGAAUGUGGAUAGAAAACUGAAAUCAGAACUUGGCCAAUCUUUGCUGAAUAUAAAAUACAAAGAUAGGUUUAGGAAGGUCUUGGAAAACUCUAAAAAUGAUGAUGGUUUUUUGUUUGAUUACACCUUCAAAGUUACACAGCUUGAGAAUAAAAUUUUGGACAAUAUUUUUAAUGAGUUUCUGAAGGAGAAUAGGAUGGAGAAACCAGAUUUUGGAACUAUUAUCACUGCUGAAGAAGAUUGGUUGAUAUUCCAGGUUGAUAUUAUUAUGCUUAAUACAUUGAUUGAUCGAAUUGAAGAAAAUUCUGAUGUGGAAAUUGAUAAAGAUGUAAAUCCAUCCAUAAGCUGUUUACUUUUUGGAAAUGAAAUCUGUAACAGUGUAUGUGUGUUAUAUGCCAACAUGAUGAACUUCCAGUCACGUGGUAUGUGUGACUCCAACAAUCUCUGUAUCUGCUACAACCACAGGGACAGAAAGAUCAGCGACAGCCAACUUCCCAAUGUAAAGCGUACCGCAGAUGGUAAAUUUGAUGAAACCGCUCUUGUGAAAUAUGUCACUGAGAGCGUGGAUGAAAAUCUGAAAUCAUCUGGUAAAUUUUUGUUGGAUGUGAACUAUGAAGAGAAGUUUAAGGAGGCUUUGGAAAAUGCUAAAGAUGAAGAAAAUUUUGUGCCUGAGUACAACUUCAAAAUCACUCAGCUUAAGAACAAAACUUUGGAGAAUAUGUUUGAGAAGUUUUUGAAGGAGAAUAAAAUUAAGAAAACGGAUGCUGCAAACCCAGAACUUCCUGAAGAAGCUAUUACACUUCUUUUGGUUGAUAAUACCAUUGUAAAUACUGUAAUUGAUCGAAUAGAUGCAAAGCGCAACACAGAGAUAGACAAAGAUGGAAAUCCAUCCAUGAGCUGUAUACUUUUUGGAAAAGAAGUCUGCAAUGGCAUUUGUGUCAUGCACGGUCGAUUGUUGAACUUCCAAUCAAGUGGUGACUGCGACUCCAACAAUAUCUGUACCUGCUACAACCGAAAAGACACUCAAGUCAGUGACAGCCAACGUCCUUCUAUAAAGCCUACCAAAAAAGGCAGGUAUAAUGAAAAGGAUCUUGUGAAAUACCUCACUGAGAAUGUGGAUAGAAAACUGAAAUCAGAACUUGGCCAAUCUUUGUUGAAUAUAAAGUACAAAGAUAGGUUCAGAAAGGCUUUGGAAAACUCUAAAAAUGAGGGCACUUUUAUGUUUGAUUACACCUUCAAAGUUACACAGCUCAAGAAUAAAAUUCUGGAGAAUAUAUUUAAUGAGUUUUUGAAGGAGAAUAAGAUGGAAAAUCGGAAACCUGAUUUUGGAACUAUUAUCAGUGGUGAAGAUGAUUGGUUGAUGGACCGGGUUGAUAAUACUAUCAUUAACACAAUGAUUGAUCGAAUUGAGAAGCAGAAUCAAGCUUCUCCAAAAUCAUUCAUGACUAAGGGUAAAAAUAGACAUGCAGCUCGAGCUGCGUCUGCAGGUAUCCGGAAAGCUGCGAAGAAGCCUUAAUUAUUUUUGAAUGUACUUAUUCAAGUACCUGAUUUCUCAGAUCAGGUUCCUCUGUUAAAUGUGCAGUCUUUAUGUACUACCAAAUAAAAUUAAUGAUGCAUUA